AUGGUGAGCAGUGGAGACGACAUCCCCCAGAUGUUACAUCGCUUAAAGCUACAGUUUGCGAUAAAUCUGAGAGUCGCAGUCGCCUAUGCAUCCUCCAUCAGCUCCUUCAGAUCUCGCCAUCAACACUGGGAUAUUACCCACGUCAUCAUCAUCGUCAUGAGGGCAUCAAUCGCCAUCGCAUCGCUACUCGCGACUGUGGCUUGCGUUUCAGCUACCAGCAACUCCCGACCAGUGCUGGCCUUCACCUCGGCAGGAGCUUCAUCGCUUCAACUCGAGCUGCCUACGGAUUCGAGCCUGACGGGCUUCAUCGACUCGCUGUUCGCCGACAAGAAAGCUUCACCAGCCUGUAAGCUGGAUGCAAUUGCUCUAGUGGAGGCUGAAAACUUGGAUAGGGACACUUUUGCCAGUCUCCGACACUCCUCAACCGACUCGCUGAGGGCAAGGUCGUUGGACGCUCCCUCUCAAAUCACUUUCGACGUUGCACCGGUUCCGGAUGCCUUCAAUGAUCUCGCGAGCCGAUUUGCGAAGGCCUGCGCUUACGGACGCGCUAUGUUUACGACAUGGACCCUUAACGGGACUUUCGAGGCCUUGCCUUCCACCAAGGACCCGCACUAUGUUCUCAUCCGCGCAGGCGACCUUCGUCAAAAUGAAAACCAGCUCUUGCGCACCCUAGAGUCGCUUGACGAAGACAGCCCAAGAAACCUCGUCAUCAUCGCGCCUGCCGCUCAAUUUCGCCAACACGGAAAGCGUCAGUACGUUGUUGCUGCGCCCUCAGCAUCCAAUGGCAACUGGGUGGAGCCCGAGGGCGGCAUCUUUGCACGAUACCAGCUCUUCUCUACGCCCCUCAUCCUGACGCUGCUUCUCAUGGGCGGCUUGAUGCUCCCGAUCGUCUACUUCGCCGUCUCGCAGCUGGCUCAGGUGCAGACUCCCGAUCAGAUGGGUGUACGCAAAGAUCCCAUCUCUGGCGACAAGAAGACGCAGUAG